UUUUUUGUAGAGACGCUACGCUUACCACCGUAGAGAGAGGGCUCCGUGCGCGAAGGACUAACAUGACUGACUCGACUCCGGCAGCCAAGGACACGGCAGCUCCGCCAACAUCGCCGCCUCCUGCGACUCAGGCAGCCACGGACACGGCAGCUCCGCCAGCAUCGCCGCCUCCUGCGACUGCGGGUGGGUCGACCGCGGCGGACGCUCCUGGGUCGCCCGCGGCAGACGCCCCCGCCCCGGCGCCGGCGCCGGCGCCGGCCGGCACUGGGCAUCUGGAAGCUGACCCAAACUUGCUGGACGAGGAGCCCAAUAAUGACGCCGACUCUUCCAUCAGCGCUCUUGGCGCCAGCUACACCACGUCGGUGAUGUCCAGCAUCUACAAGUUCCGAGAGGAAAAUGGCCGCACGUAUCAUGCCUACAAAGCAGAUGAGUCGACGUACUUCAUGCCAAAUGACGAGCGAGAGACGGAGCGUCUAGACCUCCAGCACCACCUCAGCAUCCGGAUGCUAGACAACCGCCUGUACGUUUGUCCGGCGGGGAAAGACAAGCCGCUGAAGCGGGUUCUCGACUGCGGCACAGGAACGGGCAUCUGGGCGAUCGAUUUUGCCGAGGAGCACCCCGACACCGCCGUUGUCGGUGUCGAUCUGAGCCCCAUCCAGCCCAAUUUCGUUCCCCCCAACGUCGAGUUCUUUGUUGACGACCUCGAGGAGACGUGGACCUACCACACCAAGUUCGAUUUUAUCUAUGCGCGCUUCCUUACCGGCUCCAUUAGGAAUUGGGCCAAGUUGGCACGCCAGGCCUUCGAGAACCUCAACCCCGGAGGCUACUUCGAGGUGUGCGACCCUCUCAGCCCCAUCAAGUCCGACGACGGGACGCUCAAAGAGGACUCGGCAGUCCUCAAGUGGAACAACCUGCUGCUCGAGGGGUCCAGGAAGCUUGGGGCCAGCUUGGACUCUGCACUGCAAUACGAGCAGCACCUGAUCGACGCCGGAUUCCAAAACGUUACAAAAGUCGAGUACAAAUGGCCCAUCAACGGGUGGCCGAGCGACGCCAAGUACAAAGAAGUCGGCGAAUGGAACUUGGUCAACAUGACCCAGGCCCUGCAGGCCCUGAGCCUGAUGCUCUUCACCAAUGUCCUGGGCUGGAGUGUUGUCGAGGUCGAAACCUUGCUGGCCCAGGUUCGCAAGGACUUGAAGAAUCGCGCGACGCAUGCGUACUGGCCCAUCUACGUUGUGUAUGGGCAGAAACCCGAGUAACAACUCGACUCAACCGCCAGCGCCUGCUGGCGGACGUUGCUCCCGACCUGCAACUUGAUGGUUUUUGGCUUGCAUAUCACUUCGCUACGCUCCCUCUUUCCGUUUCAAGACUAAGAAGAGCGUUGGAUCGAGUUCCUCUUCUUCGUUCCUUAACAUAUACAUUGAUCACACAAUAUCUACACAAUAUACACGUAACUGUGCUUAGCAGAAGAUGGAUGGCGGGACCGCAGAGGCGAGUGCUCCAAUUCAUCGCUGACC